UUCGAUGAUGCUGAUGGAUACGGCAACAUUUCAACAAGAGAUUUGACAAAACGGAUCAAAUAUCUUGCAGGAUUUACAAACUCAAUCAACAAAUUCAAAUCUGAGGAACUUGAUGAAGUCUUUGACAUCCUUAACUACAACAGAUUCGAUGUCAAGCUAACAAUGAAGAAGCUUAUGUAUCCAUGUAAUAAGUUACUGUACAGAUGCCAGUGGGAAGGUCAAAUAAUGGACUGCAAGAAACUGUUCCAAGUGUCAGAGACUUAUCAAGGUUAUUGCUGCUCAUUCAACGUCGUGAAGCCACUUAAAGCAACAAGUUCAGAUGAAAGAGGAAAAACUGCAAGAAAAACUCACUUUUUUGGACCUGACAUGGGACUUUCUGUGGUUCUUAAUCCAUUAAUUGAGAAAAAUUCAUUAACUAGUGUCAAUUCUGAAGGUAUAAAGAUCCUGAUUAAUGAAUGCAAUUUGUAUCCAUCAGAAAAGACAAUUGAAAGGAUGUUGCCGCAUAGACAGGAAACUUUUGUAGAAAUUCGACCUGAACGAACGAUUAGCUCAAAAGCUGUGACUGCAUUGCCUAUUAGUGAUCGUGGAUGUGUCUUUGAGAAUGAGUUUAAGUUGAGAUUCUUCCCAGAGUACCGAGAAGUUAACUGUCAAGUUGAAUGCGUCAUGGAACAAACAAUGAAGCUUUGUGAAUGUUUGCCAUAUUUUUACUACAACACUGAAAACAUUGAGUUGUGUGACAUAUCAAAGUUAGACUGUAUUGUCUCAAACCGAGAAGUUUUAAAGAAAAUUAAGGCACCUGAAAAGAAUCACACUAAGGAAUCAUGCACAUGUCCAUCGCAAUGUGAAUCUACCAGCUAUUCUAUUCGUAUGAGUUCAACUGAUAUUAUUCCUGAGAUGUCUAGGACAGUUAAUGUUGAUCCGUUUCAUGCAAACCUCACCGACAAGCACAUGAUUGUUCAUGUCUACUAUGUUUCACAGUUCUACAGAGUCUUUAUCCGCAGUUUAUUAACAAAUUUCAUCAGUUUGAUCUCCAAUCUUGGUGGUGUCUACUCUUUACUUGUCGGAAUGUCCAUAAUAUCAGCAUAUGAGUGCAUCUACUUCCCAACAGCCAGGCUAUACUUAAACUACAAGAAAAUCAAAAAUGAAGACAAUAAACCGAAAACAUUUUUGCAAAGACUAGAAAAAGUCAACAUAAAUGUAAUCAAAGUUCCAAGAUUGGACACAGCAAAGUCGGACAUUUCAGAUAUUUCGAGUUUCCGAGUUCAUUCGUUGAGCCAUUAUUAA